AUGGCCGCCGCGCCGGAAAACCGCCCACCCCACCUGGCUCUCUUCCCGUGCGCCGGAAUGGGCCACCUCCUCCCCUUCCUCCGGCUAGCCGCUACCCUCUCCUCCCGUGGCUGCCACGUCACCCUCAUCACCGUUCACCCGACCGUCAGCUCAGCCGAGUCCAACCACCUCUCCGCCUUCCUCUCCUCCCACCCGAAAAUCGGCAGCCUCCCUUUCCAGCUCCUCCCCCACCGGAAAUCCGAGCUCACCAACGAGGACCCAUUUUUCAUCCAAAUGGAGUCCAUCAACGCCUCCGUCCACCUCCUUCCGCCGCUCCUCUCCUCCGCGUCUCCGCCGCUCUCCGCCAUCGUCGCCGAUUUUCCAGUCACCGCCAGCCUCGUCCGUCUAACCUCCAAACUACCCGUCUCCCUAUACUCGCUACUCACGACCUCGGCAAGAUUCUUCACCCUCAUGAACCAUCUCCGGCAGUUACAACUCGACGAACACAAAAACCACAUAGAAAUUCCGGCUAUCGGCCCGAUGUCAACCUGGCCGGCUCAAGGCAUCCCGUGGCUCGACGGACAAGCCGACGAUUCGGUCAUCUUCGUCAACUUCGGGUCGAGAACCGCUCUAACAGCCGAUCAAACACGAGAGCUGGCCCACGGGCUGGAAAUAAGCGGGCUCAAAUUCCUGUGGGCCCUGAAAUCCAGCAAGGUCGACAAGGAAGACGCCGGAAAGCCGGAGGAUCUGCUGGGGGAGUCUUAUCUGAGGAGAAACGAGGGCAAAGGGAUGGUGGUCAAGGGGUGGGUUGACCAGGAGCGCAUUUUAGCGCACCCUGCUGUGGGAGGGUUCGUGAGCCACUGCGGGUGGAACUCGGUGGUGGAGGCGGCGCGGCUCGGCGUGCCGGUGCUGGCCUGGCCGCAGCACGGGGACCAGCGGGUGAACGCGGAGGUGGUGGAGAAGGUAGGGUUAGGGAUUUGGGACAGGGAUUGGGGCUGGGCCGGGGAGAAGCUGGUGGGCCGGAACGAAAUUGCCGAGAAGAUAAGGGAGCUGAUGGUAAAUAAGGAGCUUAGGGUUAGAGCGAAGGAGAUAAAAGAGAAAGCUUUGGAGGCCAAGGAAGAAGAUGGUAGCUCAUAUUUGUUUGUUCAGGAAUUGAUCGAGUCGCUUUAG